UUCAAAAAGAAACCGGACUGGGGCAAAACUCGACGAGUACCACAUUAGGAUAUACCGUUCUUCACUUCCGUGCUUUAUUAAAAGACCGAAGUCUGCUGCACUGGCACAGCAAAAAAUGAAAGCGGAAGCGCUUUCGGAAGAGAGAAACAGUCACGGUAGUUGAUCGAUCGAUAGUCAUGAACCUCAGGCAGCGUCCUGCGCCGGGUCGCUUCCGUAGCAAUGUUCACGCGCCGCCGGGACUUAGGGAAGCGGACGUCUAUAAUAUAAUCCCCAUCCACAGCCUCCUAACAGACCACCCUUCCCUCCGGUAUCCGGAGAUACGCGCAGCUGCGGCCGCUCUACGCGCAACGGGGGACCUCCGGAAACCGCCGUUCGUGCAAUGGAACCCGAACAACGACCUGCUGGACUGGUUGGGACUCCUAUUCGGCUUCCAAAACGACAACGUCAAGAACCAAAGGGAGCACCUGGUCCUCCACCUGGCCAACUCCCAAAUGCGGCUUCAACCCCCUCCAACUAUACCCGACGCGCUCGCACCCUCAGUGCUCCAACACUUCCGUCGCAAGCUCCUCCGCAACUACUCCUUAUGGCACUCCUACCUUGGCGAGAAGUCCCAAAUCCACCUCUCCUAUCGAAGAUUCGGAAUCGGUACCGGAAACGCAGAACCUAACGGUCUUCGCCGCGAAUUGCUCUACGUUUCGCUCUACCUUUUGGUCUGGGGUGAGUCCGCUAAUCUCCGAUUCGCUCCCGAAUGUUUAUGCUACAUUUUUCACCACAUGGCCAAGGAACUGAACCACGUUCUCGACGGUAAAAUUGACUCCGAAACUGGUCAAUCGUUCUUGCCGUCGAUUUCCGGGGACGGUGCGUUCUUGAAGUGUGUGGUCAUGCCAAUCUAUCGGACUAUCAAAACCGAGGUUGAUAGCAGUGGAAACGGCAAGGUGCCGCACUCGGCCUGGAGGAACUACGACGAUAUAAACGAGUAUUUUUGGAGUAGGAGGUGCUUCCAGAGGUUGAAAUGGCCGCUGGAUCCCUCGUGUAACUUUUUCGCCACGACGCCCAAGGACAAGCGCGUGGGGAAGACGGGGUUUGUGGAGCAGAGGUCGUUUUGGAACGUGUUUAGGAGCUUCGAUAAGCUCUGGGUGUUGCUCAUACUAUUCUUGCAGGCCUUGAUAAUCGUUGCGUGGGAGGGGAGAACACCUUGGCGGGCGUUGAAGAGUAGGGAUGUGCAGGUGGAGCUGCUGUCCGUGUUCAUCACCUGGGCUGGCUUGCGAGUUUGGCAAUCGUUGCUUGAUGCCGGGACUCAGUAUAGCUUGGUUUCGAGGGAAACAAUCUGGCUCGGUGUGAGGAUGGCGUUGAAAUUCUCAGUCGCCUUGACAUGGACUGUGGUGUUUGCGGUUUUUUAUGGAAGGAUUUGGAUUCAGAAGAAUGGGGAUAGAGAGUGGUCUGAUGAGGCUAAUCGGAGGAUUGUACGUUUUCUUCAGGCUGGUGUAGUUUUCGUGUUCCCUGAGUUUUUGGCAUUGGCUUUGUUUAUUGUUCCAUGGAUUAGGAAUGGACUUGAGAAAUUGGAUUGGCCUGUGCUCUACUUGUUGACAUGGUGGUUUCAUACCCGAAUUUUCGUGGGUCGUGGCCUGAGGGAAGGGCUUGUCAAUAAUUUCAAGUAUGCUAUGUUCUGGUGUGCUGUAUUGGCUUCGAAAUUCUCUUUCAGUUACUUUUUUCAAAUCAAGCCUCUGGUCAGCCCAACAAGGGCUCUUUUAAAUCUUAGGAAUGUACCUUACAAAUGGCAUGAAUUUUCCGCUAGCCCCAAUAUAGUUGCUGUUGUGUUGUUGUGGAUUCCUGUGCUGCUGAUUUAUUUCAUGGAUUUACAAAUUUGGUAUGCAAUUUUCUCGUCCUUUGUUGGUGGAGUUAUUGGGUUGUUUUCGCAUCUGGGCGAGAUUAGGAACAUUGGGCAGCUAAGGCUAAGGUUUCAGUUCUUUGCUAGUGCAAUGCAAUUUAGUCUUAUGCCAGAGGUGCUGCCGAUAAAUACUAAUAUGACACUGGUGAAGAAGCUCCGUGAUGCUAUCCACCUCUUGAAGCUGAGGUACGGAAUUGGUCAGUACAAGAAGAUUGAAUCCAGCCAAGUGGAAGCCACCAGGUUUGCCUUGAUUUGGAAUGAGAUCAUGGUAACUUUCAGGGAAGAAGAUCUCAUCAGUGAUCAAGAACACGAGCUCUUGGAACUGCCUCCUAAUAGUUGGAAUAUUCGGGUUAUUCGAUGGCCAUGUGUCCUCCUCUGCAAUGAACUGCUGAUUGCUCUCAGUCAGGCUGAACAGUUGGCAGAUGAGCCUGAUCGGUCGCUUUGGUUAAAGAUAUGCAAGAAUGAAUAUAGACGGUGUGCUGUCAUAGAAGCUUAUGAUAGUAUUAAAUAUUUACUUCUUAUGAUCAUUAAAGAUGGCAGAGAGGAGUACUCAAUUGUCGAGAAUUUGUUCAAGGAGAUAGAUUACGAGAUUAAGAAUGGAAAGCUGACACAGGAAUUCAAGAUGUCUGUGCUAUCAAAAAUUCAUGCUAAGUUAAUAGCACUUGUUAAGCUUCUGAAUCAACCAAUUAAAGAUUUGAGUGAGGCAGUGAAUAUACUACAGGCCUUGUAUGAACUAUCAGUCAGAGAGUUUCCAAGGAAGAAGUCGUCCAUUGUGAUGUUGAGAGAUGCAGGUCUGGCACCUCGUAGUCCAGCCACCAAUGCAGGGCUACUCUUUGAGGAUGCUGUGGUCUUCCCCGAUACUGACGAUGCUUUAUUCUUUAGGCACCUACGGCGUUUGUACACCAUCCUUACUUCUAGAGACGCCAUGCACAAUGUCCCAAGGAAUCUUGAGGCGAGAAGGCGUAUUGCUUUCUUUAGCAAUUCACUAUUUAUGAACAUGCCUCGUGCUCCGGAUGUUGAAAAAAUGAUGGCUUUCAGUGUUCUUACGCCUUACUAUGACGAAGAAGUUCUCUAUAGCCUAUUGAAUCUCCGAAAGGAAAAUGAAGAUGGCAUUUCUACCCUGUUUUAUCUGCAGAAGAUCUAUGAAGAUGAGUGGGGAAAUUUUUUGGAGCGGAUGCGUAGAGAUGGUGUGGAGGAAGAGAAUGAACUCUACACAAUAAAGGCAAGGGAACUUCGUCUUUGGGCGUCGUACAGAGGUCAGACCUUAUCCCGCACUGUGAGAGGAAUGAUGUAUUAUUAUAGGGCUCUUAAGAUGCUUGCCUUUCUGGAUUCUGCAUCUGAGAUGGAUGUAAAGGAGCGACCAGAAGAUGGUUUGGAUGGCCUACACUUGGGUAACCCACUAUCUUCGCGUAAUCUCAACAGAGCAACUAGCAGUGUAAAUCUUUUGUUUAAGGGACAUGAGAUUGGGAGUGCUCUAAUGAAAUUCACAUAUGUGGUCGCAUGCCAGGUGUAUGGGCAACAUAAGGCAAGGGGAGACCCUCGUGCUGAAGAGGUAUUAUAUCUGAUGAAAAACAAUGAGGCUCUUCGAGUUGCCUAUGUUGAUGAGGUUCACUUGGGGAGGGAUGAAGUUGAGUAUUACUCUGUUCUUGUGAAAUAUGAUCAGGAUCUGCGCAGGGAGGUGGAGAUAUAUCGGAUCAGAUUGCCUGGCUCCUUGAAAGUCGGGGAAGGCAAACCAGAAAACCAAAACCAUGCCAUAAUCUUCACCAGAGGCGAUGCACUUCAGGCCAUUGACAUGAACCAGGACAAUUAUUUUGAAGAGACACUCAAGAUGCGGAAUUUAUUGGAGGAAUUUAACAACUUCUAUGGUAUCAGGAAACCAACCAUCUUGGGAGUUCGUGAGAAUAUUUUUACUGGUUCAGUGUCUUCACUUGCUUGGUUCAUGUCUGCUCAGGAAACAAGUUUUGUGACCUUGGGGCAGCGAGUUCUGGCAAACCCAUUGAAGGUGAGAAUGCAUUAUGGUCACCCAGAUGUGUUUGACAGGUUCUGGUUCUUGACUCGGGGUGGGAUUAGCAAGGCUUCUAGAGCGAUAAAUAUUAGUGAGGAUAUAUUUGCCGGCUUCAACUGCACCCUGCGAGGCGGCAAUGUGACACACCAUGAAUAUAUACAGGUCGGUAAGGGGAGAGAUGUUGGGUUAAAUCAGAUCUCAAUGUUUGAGGCCAAGGUUGCUAGUGGCAAUGGCGAGCAGGUUUUGAGCAGAGAUAUUUAUCGGUUGGGUCAUAGAUUGGACUUCUUCCGAAUGCUUUCAGUUUUCUACUCAACGGUUGGAUUUUACUACAACUCAAUGAUUGUGGUUCUCACUGUCUAUGCAUUUUUGUGGGGCCACCUUUAUCUUGCUCUCAGUGGUCUCGAAGAUGCAGCCACGGAUACUACUACUAACAAUAAAGCCCUUGGUGCAAUCCUUAAUCAGCAGUUUGUCAUCCAGCUUGGUCUCUUCACUGCCCUUCCGAUGAUUGUGGAGAACUCUCUUGAACUUGGGUUCCUUCCAGCAAUAUGGGACUUCUUGACAAUGGAGCUUCAGCUGGCGUCAUUCUUUUACACAUUCUCAAUGGGCACUCGUACCCACUUCUUUGGCCGGACUAUCCUGCAUGGGGGUGCAAAGUAUCGAGCCACUGGUCGUGGUUUUGUGGUGGAGCACAAGAGCUUUGCUGAGAACUAUCGACUCUAUGCUCGGAGCCAUUUUGUGAAGGGCAUUGAGCUUGGGGUUAUUUUAACCGUGUAUGCUUCUCAUAGCCCCUUGUCUAGAAACAUUACUUUUGUUUAUAUAGCCAUGACCAUAUCUUCCUGGUUUCUAGUGGUGUCGUGGAUAAUGGCGCCAUUUAUAUUUAAUCCUUCUGGAUUUGAUUGGCUGAAGACUGUUUAUGAUUUUGAAGAUUUUUUGAAUUGGAUAUGGAGUAGCCGUGGGGUGUUUACGAAAGCAGAACAGAGCUGGGAAACAUGGUGGCAUGAGGAGCAGGACCAUCUGAGGACAACUGGUCUCUGGGGUAAACUGUUGGAGAUUAUUUUAGAUCUACGAUUCUUCUUCUUCCAGUAUGGCAUUGUGUAUCAACUGAAGAUUGCUGCUAAAAACACAAGUAUAGUUGUUUAUUUACUGUCCUGGAUAUACAUGAUUGUAGUUGUUGGGAUUUACAUCAUCAUAUCAUAUGCUCGGGACAAAUAUGCUGCAAAAGAGCAUAUCUACUACCGUCUAGUUCAGUUCCUUGUCAUUGCUCUUACAAUACUUGUACUUGUUAUAUUGUUGAAGUUCACUCCCUUCCAGUUUCUUGACAUUGUCACAAGCUUCUUGGCCUUUAUCCCAACAGGCUGGGGUAUGAUAUUGAUAGCCCAGGUACUUAGACCUUUUCUGCAGACCACUGUGGUGUGGGAUACCGUGGUUGCCUUGGCCCGGCUAUACGACUUGCUGUUUGGAGUGAUUGUUAUGGCUCCUGUAGCGUUGUUGUCAUGGCUGCCCGGAUUUCAGGCAAUGCAAACAAGGAUUCUGUUCAACGAAGCAUUUAGCAGGGGCCUCCAGAUAUCUCGCCUUCUUACUGGGAAAAGGUCCAACUGAGAUGUGAAUAGAGGUUAUGAGGUGGGACUAGGAGUAGAAAACGAAGUAGAUAGCUGGCCUUUAUUUUUACGGACCAAGGUGUUUUCUCAUUUCUGUACUGUGCUGUGCCGUGCCAUUGUUUCUUACCGGGGAAAUUACGUUCUUAUUUUUACCUUUUCAACUUCAUCUUCCAAUCACUGUUACAUCGGAUUCCGCACAUACGUGCCUUUGCUGCUGUAAUCUUGUGAUGGCACUGCUCAAUAAUCAGUAAUCGUAGGGUUUGGCCACGUUUUCAGGGUUCGGUUAUGUACAUAUUGUUCAUGUACAGUGUAGUUUCCAUGCUAGUUUUUGGCAAUCGAUCGUACUAAUUUUGUUUGAUCCUUGUAAGCAGGGUUAUCUCAAAUUUAUCUUGGCGGCAUUAUUGUUCUGCUUUUGCGAACGUCCAUUUUGUUUUAAACUUUUAAUUGCUUUAGUCCUGAAAUCUGUAAUGUUUUGGAUAUGAGAUAUUGAACACCUGUGCCCAUGUUUUAUUCACCCAUGAAACUUCGGUUCUCAUGGUAAAUGGGUCUGAAAGGGAGUUGUAAUGAGUGAAACAAUCUGGGUUUUCAGCUA